AACUAAUUCAGUUUCAGAGCAAAGCAGCAGCAGCGCCAAGUUACCAGAACGUCUUCCGCGGCCCUUAUACAAAACGCGGAGCGAAGGCGCUGCUCGCUAUCUGCCCCAUGCACCGAGAUUCCUCACCAGAUUGCCGUCUCAAAUGUCCAUAAAUCCGAACGAGAAGCUCAUCCUCUCCGUAAACGUUGACGCCAUUCCCACUGCCGAAUUUAAGUGGGAUGUGAACGGAUUUGAAGUGAAGUCAUCAAAGAAGACUACUAUACUAAGCGAACACAACAGGUCCACGCUGGUGGUGCAACCGCCUGUCAAACAGGGAAAAUACAGCGUGACUGCAUUCAACGAGCAAGGCAGAGAAACUCUGCUAACCAAAGUGGUCCACUUGUAUACGGAGACGACUGAGCGAAUAGAAACUACCGAAACAAAAACAGAAAAAACCAUCGUACCCGACAUUGUCCAGUCCGCAGUAACGGUGACGACUGCGACUGAAGCCGAGUGGGAGGUGGUCGACGGUGCAGACUCGCCUCCCUCUUCGUCAUCAGUUAAAACAGUCAAAUUAAGAGAACAGCCCAGCACUACCGCUCAUGAGAAAGUAGAGCUUUCCAUUCCAGUCACGAAUGUGCCAGUACAAAUGGCACCUAAGGAAGAAACUAAAGGCAUCCAAGUCAAAGAAGAGAAAGAAACUAGGGUCACUCAGCAAGAAACCGUUGUCACAACUAAAUCUAUACAUAUUGGCAAACGCAGUCAAGAAAACAUUCCAAAACGGCCCAUUUUACUCUCAGCACCUAGCCAAAAUGUUCAUGUACCUUCAGGAGAGAAAUUAGUUUUAGAGUCCAGAGUAGACAGCAUUCCUCCAGCAACAUUCCGCUGGUACGUGAAUAACUUUGAGGCAAAGAACUCACAGUAUAUCUCCAUAGUCCAGCCAGCAGAGAACGUUAGCGUGGCCACAUUUGAAAGGCCCGCACCAGGAUUGUACAAGAUGGUGGCAGCUAAUUCACUAGGAGAUGUUACUGCCUAUACAAGAGUCACCACAGAGAUUGUGGAAGAAGAAGUUCAGGAACGGACAACGGUCACCACUUCAACCAAGCCGACGAUGUUCACCUUGCCGAAAAAGGUCACGAUUACUACGAGGGAUGAUCUGCCAAAACCGCCUCGUUUCACAGAAAGGCUUCCUGUAUCUCUGAAAAUAGGCUCAGAGCAACCUAUAAAGUUCAGAGCUGCUGUAGAUGCCAUUCCA